CUGGAGUUGGGCAGCCCGGGGUGGAAUCAAACGGACGCUCGCCGUCUUUCGUCACCGUCUAUCUUCGCACCGAGGGAAACUUUUCCCCAGUCCACGUCUGCUUUAUCUUGAUCCACACUGCAGCACAAGUAAACGACCUCACCUCAACAGCCGUGCUCCCCACAGCUGGUCUUCUCGCGUACUCUCACACAACAACGUCUCAUAAUCCUCUCGCACGGCCAAAUCGCGCAUCGGUAUCCGUACUCCCCCACGGCUAACCCCCAUCACCGCCCGCCGCCCAAUCCUCGGUCUGAUACAUCACACCCACAGCCUGCAUCUCUAGGCCACUCACCGGACAGCUUCGUUACUUCAUCCCAAAGGCCCAGGCUGUCACGCACGCACGGCCGAGAAGCACACCAGCCACAAUGCCUAACCACGGACAAGCCAACCUCUACCCUUUCCCCGAUGUCCCUGCCCUGGCAACCGCCCUGCGCACAUAUGUGAUCCAGUGCCAGAGCGCAGGAAUCACCCGCCACAACUCCUUCAAGGUCGCCGUAUCAGGCGGUUCGCUGCCCAAGACCCUCGCCCAGGCCCUCCUGAGCCCGCCCUCUGGGCCCGAGGACGCUGUCAAGUGGGACAAGUGGGAAAUCUUCUUCGCCGAUGAGCGCAUCGUGCCCCUGGACCAUGAGGACUCCAACUACGGCCUGCUCAAGAAAGAGCUGCUGGACAAGAUCCCAGCGGACCAGGGCAAGCCCACCGUCCACCCCAUCAACAAGGACCUUCUGUCCAAGGAGAGCCUCGAGGUCGCCGACAACUACGAGCAGAUCCUCGUCGCCUCCUUUGCCAGCCGCGACAGCGUGCGCCUGCCCAUCUUCGACCUGCUGCUGCUCGGCUGCGGGCCCGACGGCCACACCUGCUCGCUGUUCCCGGGCCACGAGCUCCUGCGCGAGACGACCGCCUGGGUCGCCCCCAUCGAGGACAGCCCCAAGCCCCCGCCAAAGCGCAUCACCCUGACCCUGCCCGUCGUCACCCACGCCGUGCGCGUCGCCUUCGUGGCCACCGGCGGCGGCAAGAAGGGUGUCAUGAAGCAGAUCUUCGAGGAUGGCGCCGCCUCCGGCCUCCCCUGCGCCCUGGUUAACGAGCAGACCGGCGACCGGUGCAGCUGGUUCGUCGACGAGCCCGCCGUCGAGGGCGUGGCGUACCCGAAGCGCGGGUUUAACCUCUAGGCGAGGGAGACAGAGAAAUGGGACCGCGCCUGUGCGUUUGCUGUCGACGACAAGAGCCCUCACCCGGCGCGAGCGAGGUUCAGGAGCCUGAGCUACGGAUCGGAGGGUCGUUGAUACCCCACGUCCCUCCCUGGUGGUGGGGUCAAGCGAGAUGCCUGAUGAGGUGGGAGUCGAGGCAGCAUGGGCAUAGUUCUCGCCCUCGCUGCUUGGUUGGAAUGCCUCUAAAAAGAAAGAAGAAAGAUCAUAGACGGGGGUUUUAACGGUUGUUGUCGGAGGACUUGUUCGAUUCUUUUGGGGCGCCCAGGCUGAUGUCGAUUUACACUUGCGCAUGCACGAAUGCACGCAUGCACACACACUCAAACACUCCCUCUCAUCCGUUCACACAACCUCUCCAACACUCCCGCGCCCUUUCACACAUGCAGCUCAUUUGGCUGGUUCCUCAUUCGUCCUUGCAACAGCCGUUUUUGACAUCCCAGAUAUCCCAAAUCCCACGCUCAGCACAUGGUUAUGAAGGUCAUGACGAAGAAUACGGUUUUAGAUAACGAAGAAGUCGCCUGUCGACACGGGGGAAAAAACACAGGCACAUGCCGUUUUGGGGAGAAAACGCAGCAGAGAGUGACGGGGCCAGAGGACGUGUCUGCUCAUGUUUGCGGCCGGUCUUCGGUUCCCUAGGGGGCAUUGUAGAUAACAAAAUGGCAGCCAUGUGAAAUGCUAUCUGCUAUAUGGCCA